UGGCUAUAAAACUAGCGGGCGGGCUGCUAGCUCCACGGGACUUCCAGACGACAAUCUGCCGCUUCGUUUUCUGCCUCGGACGUCCGCUCUCACUUCGGCUCAGCAUGGACCCCAACUGCUCCUGCACCACUGGCGGCUCCUGCGCCUGCGCGGGCUCCUGCACGUGCAAAGCAUGCAAAUGCUCCUCCUGCAAGAAAAGCUGCUGCUCCUGCUGCCCCGUGGGCUGUGCCAAGUGCGCCCAGGGCUGCAUCUGCAAAGGGGCGUCGGACAAGUGCAGCUGCUGUGCCUGAUGCAAGGAGACCCUGAUCCCACGUGUACAUAGAGUGGCUGUGUAAAAACAUGCAUUUUUUUCAUAUACCCUGACCCAUGCUGUAUCUUUUUCUAUGAAAUUUGUGAAUGAAAAUAAACACAUCCAGACUCUUU